CGACCGUUGCCGCCAUGCCCUGACGAGGGUUUCGUUUAUUCCCCAUUUUUUUGUUAUAUAUGUCUUGAGCAGAAUUACGAUUGAUUCGUUUCAAUUAUCGUCCCGAGAAAUUUGAGUAGAAUUUGUAAGGAAAAGAUGGAAGGCGAAGAGGUGAAUAUCCAAGAAUUGGCUGCCAACCUUUCUACUUACGAAGACCAACUUCAGCAGGUACGUAAACUAUUGAAUGAUGACCCGAAGAAUUCUGAGUUUUUGGACAUGGAGAAGGAACUCGCAGAGGUGUGCUAUGUGGUGAUGGCCAGCCUGUUCUCUCUUGUGAUUGAAUUGACAGAGGAGCUUCUGGAAACUGCAAAACAAAAUGAUGGUAGUUCUGAACUUGUUACUGGGACCAGUGGUGAAGCAUCUCCUGAUCUGCAACUUUCUGGGAGAACCUUUGAUAACCCAACAGCUACUGCUAUUAAUGGUAUUAAAUUUCCUAUUGGCAUCAAAGUCCAAGCAGUCUGGAGCGAAGAUGGAGAGUGGUAUGAUGCAACCAUUGAGGCUCAUACUGCAAACGGGUAUUAUGUCAGCUAUGAGGGAUGGGGUAACAAGGAAGAGGUGGAUCCUGAUAAUGUGAGACCUAUCCAAGAAGGCACUGCAGACCCUUUGCUGGAAGCUGAAAAGAUUGCUGUGGCUACAAAAGAAGCCCUUAAACAGAAGAUUGUCCAAUCUGCUAGCAAGGAAUUUGAGGCCUGGACUAUUCCUGCAAAACUUCAUAUUGAUCCUAAUGAUUCGGAAGAUGUGAAAGCUGCAAAGCGUAAAAAGAUCCAUGCGUUUAAAUCCAAAAUGCGUAUGGAAGCAAAAGAAGUCACACAAAAUAAGAGGCAGAAUGCCUGGCAGCAAUUCCAGACCACUAAAGGCAAAGCUAAAAAGGUUGGUUUCUUCUCUGGCCGAAAGCGCGAGAGCAUAUUCAAGUCACCUGAUGAUCCAUUUGGGAAAGUUGGAGUGACUGGAAGCGGGAAGGGUUUGACCGAGUUUCAGAAAAGAGAAAAACAUUUACAUCUUAAAGGUGCAAAUAUGGAAACUGCAGAUGAGUAAUGUAAAACAUAUAGAGUACUCUCUCUGCUAGUGUAGAUUUUUAUUGAGGAUUAUGAUUGCUCUGGCAGAGCGUUGUAUGAAAUACGUUGGCUGGUUCACGAUUGGAAUAUUUUUUGUAGAUGCAAUCCUACUUUAGUUGUUAGAA